AUGAGCGAAUCAAAAAACAAGGAAGAGUCAAAUGAUAUUGAUGCCUCGUCGUUCGCUAGUAUACUUGCUGGGGUCAAGCGAAUGCGUGAAGAAUAUGGAGGUGAUGAUCAGACUACUGAAACUCAACCUCCAUCUUCCAGUAUAGAUCAACCACCUCCAGCAACAAUCGAAACGCGUCCACCCCAUCCUCCACAGCCAGUCUUCCCAUUAGUACAAAGUCAGCCAGCAAAAUCAGCAAUCAGCAGCACUAGGACAACUUUAAUGGAAAGCACUGCAGAACCAAUACGGCCCAGUCAAUCCCCGACACCACCCGCGGCAAGAGUUACAACUGAACCCGUUCGAUCUUCAACUGGCCCAACCCAAUCGCGUUCAUUAGCUCCAUCUGAAGUAUUGGUUAAUAAAUCACAAACGGGGAAUCCAUUAUUAAAAGAUUCAAUGAUGAAAUUCACCCCUCAUAAGUUUGAUUCAGAAAUCUUAUCUGAUUAUUAUAUCAGUCCCACAUUUCAGAUUCUAUUCCUUUCACUAAAAUAUUAUAAAUUGAGACCGGAAUAUAUAUGGACCCGUCUAAAGAAACUAAAUAAGGGUACGUCGGUACUGAUUCUGAGUGGGAAUCGAGCUGAUAACGCGUUGAGGAUAUUAUUGGUAGUGGUGGAUAUAGAUUCACAUCAAGAAGUGAUUCGAAAAUUACUGGAUUUUUGCAUCAAGCAUGAUUUAUCAAUGGUUUUAGCAUGGUCAUUUGAAGAGGCGGGUAAUUAUAUUGCAAUGGCCAAACAAUUGGAUAAUGCACCUGCCAAGUCGCGUCAGAAUAUUAAGGGAGUUAGAGGGGUAAAUUUUACUUCGAGUGUAGUGGAAGCGUUUACGGGGAUUCGACUGGUGAAUAAGACGGAUGUUUCGAAUAUGAUGGCGAAUUGUAAGUCGGUGAAGAAUAUGGUGUUGGAGAGUUGUAGAGAUGAUUCUGAGAAUGGUUUAGGGAAUAUACCUGGGUUUGGACCUAGUAAGUUAAAGAAUCUAAGAAGUGUUUUCCUGGAACCAUUCAUAUAUAAUAAGCAAUAUGAGGACUUAGAAGAUGUUGCUGAGUAA